ACCAUUGUACUAGUUUUAUGCGGUAGCCAUUUUAAUUUUUUGGCGUCGAGAAAACUACGGCGAACGAGUUUCGCAUAUCCUGUAGUUUUGCUAAGCUGCAUUUAACGCAAGUCAGCGGUAGCUCGUGCAGCUGUUAAGCUCGUGUGUGUGUUGCGGAGAUCAAGAAACGUGUGGGUAACCAGUUUUGUGGAUCACUAAUUAACCCAAGUACAGUACAAUAUCAUGUCUGCCACGUGCUACAAGUGCAGCCGGCCGGGCCACUUUGCCCGGGACUGCAGUCUCGGCGGAGGUCCAGGAGGCGGCGGCGGUAUGCGUGAUGGCGGCGGUGGUGGAGGCGGUGGCGGUGGCAUGCGCCGCAAUCGUGAGAAGUGCUACAAAUGCAACCAAUUUGGGCAUUUUGCACGCGCCUGCCCCGAGGAGGCAGAGCGUUGCUAUCGCUGCAACGGCGUUGGCCACAUCUCUAAGGACUGUACUCAGGCUGACAAUCCCACUUGCUACAAGUGCAACAAGCCCGGUCAUUGGGUCCGCAACUGCCCAGAGGCUGUGAACGAGCGUGGCUCGGGGGGACCCGCUAAUGUCUCAUGCUACAAGUGCAACCGCACCGGACACAUCUCGAAGAACUGCCCGGAGACGUCAAAGACUUGCUAUGGCUGUGGCAAGAGCGGUCAUCUGAGACGCGAGUGCGAUGAGAAGGGAGGUCGGAACUAGGCGAUGUCCAUGAAGAAAAAUCAACGAAAAAAAUGUUUUGUCUAAAAUAAAUAUGAAAUAUGAAAACAGAAAAAAAUUAUACAAAAUAAUGAAAAAAAUCAAUUGCCAGCCAAUAAUAACAACAACAACAAGAACAGCAAAUGUCAAGCAUGCAUGAUGAAGAAGCGACAAAAUCCGCAAUAAAGAAGAAAACCAAGUCAAGAUCAACAGAGAAAGACACACAUACACAUGCAGACAAAUACAACCCCCCUCACUCACACACACAUACAAACACAUACACUUACAUCCCAUACACAAACCAUCAUCUAAGGCAGCAAACUCAUCUCUAAUUCCGAAGCUCUGAGCCUGCAGUCAUAGUAGAGAACAAGCAACAACAACAACAAGAACAACAGCAACCAGGGAGCUAGGCAUAGAAGCAUAGGCAGCAACAAUAAUUCAGCUGAACAGAC